AUGGUGGGUGUGCUGAAGAAGACCACUGGCCUUGUAGGAUUGGCUGUGUGCAGUACUCCACACGAGAGGCUAAGAAUACUGUACACAAAGAUUCUUGAUGGUCUUGAGGAUAUCCCUAAAAAUGCAGCAUAUAGAAAAUAUACAGAACAGAUUAUAAAUGAGAAGCUGGCUAUGGUUAAAGCAGCUGAACAUGAACUAAGUCUGGCAAGAAAAAUGGUGCCGUGGAAAACAUGGGAGCCAGUAGUGGAAGAGCCUCCUGCCAAUCAGUGGAAAUGGCCAAUGUAAUUAUUAAGUGAUUUUGGUGGGUUGAUGGGAAACUGAUGUAAUUAAGUAUUCUGUUCCAUUAAGAACGUGUUCAUAUUAUUGACAUAAUCAAGAAAACUGAUAUAGAAAAUAUCUAGGAAACUGUUAAAAUUAGUGAUUAUGAUAAUUCGGUUAUGUGAAUCCAUUUUUGAUUUGUAAAGUAGUCACACAAAUUAUUUCAAAGAUGAUAUUUCUAUGAACAGAGAUGUCAUGGGAAGAUUUGAGAAUUAAUUAGAAAAAUUCCUACAGAUCUUCAAUUCCUACAGAUCUUCAAUGUAGAGGCCAUAAUCAAAAAGUAAAGUUUCUUUAGUAGUAUGUUCAAUAUAUCAUUCAUUUUUAAAAAUUAUUCUGAAGAAGAAAAGAAAAGGUCCUUAAUUAUUAUGGUCUAAACAAAUUUAUAGAUCACUGUUUGAGGUAAAAAAUAAGAGUGAUAUUUUCAAAUGUGAUAAAAUUGCACCAAUGACUGGUAAUAAAAUUUGAAAUUAUGGUUAACCUCCUUAACUGUGAUCUUACGGAUGUAAAGUAAAAUUUAAAUAUAUAGUUAUAUAUUGAU